UAUAAAAAGGUGCUCUCAAAGCCAAAAGUUACAGUCUUCUUUCAAAACCUGAAGCAAGAGUGUAUUUUGCAGAUUUUACUGUGCAAAAAAAUGAAGCUUCUUCUCUUCACCGUGGUUGUGGCAGUUAUCUCCAGUGUCAAUGGGGGAAAGACUGCAAGACUGUUAGCAGCCAUGAAUGCCGGGAUGCUUAAUGGGAUGAUGGGUGGAGGUUUGAACCCACCUCUGAUGGUUGGUGGUGGAAUGGGUUUAGUUGGACAGCCCCAGUUUGCUCAAUUAGUUCCUGGACUUCCUGCCGCCUUGGCUGUUCGAGCUCCUAUCCCUAACAUGUUCCCAGCCGCAAUCAAUCCGUACCAGCUUCCUAUGAUGGGUGCUCCCCAAAUGCCACAAAUGAACCCUCCACAGCAAUUUCCAAUGGGAAUGGCGGUGGGUGCAAUGCAGCAACAGCCUCCCUUUCAGCCUCUUUUUCAGCCUCUUGCUCAGCCUCAGGUUCAGCCUCAGGUUCAGUCUCAGGUUCAGCCGCCGGUUCAGCCAGAUCCACUUCGGAGAUUCAGGCGUCAGACUGUGAAAUCUGAAAAUUCAGGAAGGCCUGCUCUGGACACUCAGAUUCCACGUCCCGCUGAGUCCACAAAAGCUCCUCCUUGUGGCAACAAGGCAGCUAAUUAAGUUCACAUUUAUACCUUGUUAAAAUCAGCCACCAUGACAUAAAGAGGAACCUUAAAUUGUCUUGAUCUAUAUUUCUCUCUAAUUCUAAUCAAAAUGAAAUCAGCUUUUGUAUCUGCUUCUCUGAUAAAUAAAUUGCUCUAAAAUCAAAAUG